AGUGAGGACAGCGGAGGUCAACACGCAAUCAUCUUUCAUACAUUGCCUCUUAAGGCGUCCAGCGAAUUCUUCUCUCAACCAGGACCUGAACACUUCUGCUGAAGUAAGGAAUUCAAUGAACUCCUCCAGAUCUGCCUGAUGCCUUCGUCAUCAUGGUCUUCGAGAUUGCUUCCUAGUGGGAGCGCCAGCAACACCACGCCGCCUCGCGCAGGCUCCAGUAGUCAUCCUCGCGACAAACCAUUGCCACCUCGACCAUCCCCAGCCGAGUACACCGAUCCGCCGACUUUGAACCCCGAUCGACUCGUCCCGCUUCCUUCAAGGCCUCGAGCGCCUUCGGCUCGACAGCAUGCUCACAACCGGUCUGCGAGCAACCCGCUACCAAAGAUAUUCGGGAGGAAGAAAAGCGCAAACUUCAACGAUACGGACGUUCCAUUGGAUGACAGCUUGAUUCCCGUUGCUGGCAAUGGAGCAGAGGCUACGGUUCCAAGGACAAUAUCAGGAAAGAAGGGCAAGCAGAGCGAGGAUGGCAAGGCAACGAGGAAGUGCAUGUGCUGUGACAGUAAGGUGAACGUGCCCAAGGAGCUACCCAGGUUCCGGUGUCUUUGCUGUCUAACGAUAAAUGAUCUGAGGCCAGUGGAGGAGCAGUUGGAGGAUGACAAGGGAAGACCUUCGAACCAAAGAGCCGACAAUUUUCCUGGAGAGGUUCCGAAUGGGCGACGCCCACCGAUAUCCCUCGAUCGUACCAGGACAGUCAUCGAGCGAUGCGUGGUCACAUAUUUGGAGGAACGUUGCCAGCACGAGCGUGAUGCCGUUCAGCAGCUGUUUGCAGGCACUCGGAUGGAGACACCUCCACUCAACGCCCCUGAAAGCUCCAGGUCUCCUCGAAAGCCUGUGCCGACGCCUUCAAGGCCGACAAGACAAGCACCCCCACCGCCCAUAGGCAUAGCUGGUCGAAGACCUUCGCAACCUUCGAGCAGGCGACCUCCUACCGCCGGGCCUCACUCGCCACUACCUGCGCCUAGUCCGAGGCAUCCUCCCGAAGGCAUGGACCACGUAGAUCGCUCAGAUCGGGCCAAGUCGAUAUUCAAGCCGCUGGAGGAUUACAUUGUAGCCAACUUCGGAGACUUUCGGUGCUUGAACGCAUCAUUCAGCACCGUUCGUCCUGCGAUGGCUGGUAGAGCACGCAGCGAAAGCAACAUUCCAACUCCGCCACCUGAGGCUGAGGCAAGCCAUGUACUUAGUCCCAUGGAUGGUCUCUCAGGCAUGGACGCGAAGACCUUACUCAUCGGCGACAUUGGCGAGAAUGGGUCUUGGUGGACAGGAAAAUCGGAUCGCAACCGUAACGACAAGAACUUGAAACGCAAAAAAGUCGGCGAGGGCUCCAAGAAGCCUGUGAGCUCCAGGUCGCCAAACAUAAACUGGGCAGAUCUCGACGCAUGGUAUAGUCUUAUUCACUCGGCAGGCACAGAUUGGCAGAAACAGGCGAAGCUGCUCAAGGCAGAUAGUGUUGCAUAUUCCACAUCACCUCUAGAGGGACAGUCGAAUAUGCAUAAUAUUGAGGAGGAUCUGGCAGAUGCUCGGGAGCACGCCGUCCGCACACUACUCAAGACGACGGAGAACUUGUUGAAGCGACCUUCAAGGCCUUUGAAAGAGCCAGAGGACUCGCGCUUUCUGUUGAUUAUACUAGCCAACCCGUCGCUCUACCCAUCCAGAUCUUCCAACCGGCCGCCAACAUCCAGCGAUAGACGACCACUUAGGCGUACAGCUUCUGACGAACCUUCAGGACGCCGGCAAGACAGCGCCACGAAAACAUCUGGACGGGAAGGAAGCCAGCAUAACGGACUCCUCAAGCGAAUAUUUGGAUUGGUAUCGUGUUCCUCGGAGAACUGCCAUCGCUACAUGGUCGGCUGGUUGGCGAGAUUCGACGAAGAGCACUUGGUGAAGCUCAUCGAUCUGGUCGCAAGUUUCGUUACUUACAGAAUCGGUCGCCGACCGGGUCGUGCUCGCGGCAAGGAUACCGUCAAUGAUGGUGGUCUCAUUCCUGAUCUAUCCGGAUCUACGAUGAAUACUUCCGCUCAGCUGCACUCUGCGAUGGGACUUAGCGGGUCCGUCAAAAAGGGUCCAGAUGAUCCCAAUGCCGAACCUGACUGGUCCAACGAUUGGCAGAUCAAGGCGGCCGCCAAGGUGAUGUCUUUGCUCUUCGCUGCGAACAACAUAUGGCAGGGCUCCCCUCGCGACGGAGGACACUCUUCGAGCAUUCCUCAUGCCAAAGCACGCAGGAGCGGACAGCUUCUGCCCACGUCCAGCUUCUACAACACUCUUCUCGAUUAUCAAGAUCUCAUUGCCGACUUCAAAAUUUGGGAGACCAGACGCGACAAGUUUGCCUUUUGUCAAUACCCUCUCUUCCUCUCCAUGGGCGCAAAGAUCAAGAUUCUGGAACACGACGCACGACGUCAGAUGGAGAUCAAAGCUCGCGAGGCAUACUUUGAUCAGGUCAUCCGGCAGAGGGCAAUUGAUGGACAUUUCACCCUUCGCGUCCGACGAGAGUGCAUGGUGGACGACAGUCUUCGUCAGAUCAGUGCUGCCGUCGGCGCUGGCCAGGAAGAACUGAAGAAAGGCCUACGCGUUCAGUUCAGCGGCGAGGAAGGCGUCGAUGCCGGCGGACCUCGGAAAGAAUGGUUUCUCAUGCUGGUCCGUGACAUCUUCGAUCCGAAUCACGGCAUGUUCGUCUACGACGAGGACUCACAGACUUGCUACUUCAACGCCAACUCAUUUGAAACAUCCGAUCAAUACUACCUCGUCGGCGCGCUUCUCGGCUUGGCCAUCUACAACAGCACCAUCCUCGACAUUUCUCUUCCCUCCUUCGCCUUCCGCAAACUCCUCGCCGCGGCGCCCACCUCCUCCAACCCGUCCUCCAACAUCACCUCACUAACUGGCACCAAGAAUCAAAUGACCUACACCCUCUCCGACCUCGCCGAGUUCCGCCCCUCCCUAGCCUCGGGUCUCCAACAACUCCUCGACUUUGAUGGAGACGUUGAGGCAACUUAUUGCAGAGACUUCGUCGCUCCCAUCGACCGCUACGGCAGCUUGACAUAUGUCCCUCUCAUCUCCAACGGCGAGAACAUUCCCGUAACGAAUUCGAACCGCCACGACUUUGUCGACGCUUACGUCCGCUACCUCCUCGAUACCGCCGUAGCGCGGCAAUUUGAACCAUUCAAACGCGGCUUCUUCACUGUCUGCGCGGGCAAUGCGCUUAGCUUGUUUCGCGCAGAGGAGAUUGAACUGCUCAUUCGCGGGAGCGACGAGAGCUUGGACGUCGACUCCCUUCGCGCAGUGGCGGUGUACGAGAACUGGCGCCUGCCGACCCCGCCUCAUAGCCUUGUCGUUCGACCGGCGGAACAUGUCGACGUCAUUCGUUGGUUUUGGGAGGUGUUCCGCUCGGCGACGCCGGAACGGCAGAGGAUGUUGCUCACGUUCAUCACGGGCACGGAUCGUAUUCCCGCCGUCGGGGCGACCAGCUUGGUGUUGAGGAUCAUGGCGGGUGGGGAUGGAUGGGGUGGUGGCGGUAGGGAGGAGAGGGAACGGUUCCCAGUCGCGAGGACGUGUUUCAACAUGUUGGUGCUGUGGAGGUAUGAAUCAAAAGAGGUGCUGAAGGGAAAGUUGUGGAGGGCUGUGGAGGAGAGUGAGGGAUUUGCGUUGAAGUGAUUGAAUGUCCCGAUCGGGCACAAUGUGCCCCUUUGGAGGCGUUUGGGGUCUUUUGGGUAUACCUCAUCACGAGGAUUCUUCGGGGAAGUUUGAUGCGGGAUCAUUACGAUGGGCGCUGCCGGAGAGUGCGGAAUGCGGUAGAGACGGUUCAACAGACCUAGGAAAGCUUUGCAUGGACUGG